GUACAGGAUUUACUAACGAAUCUUGACACAACUGGGUUCUCGAUACGGCACUGCAAGAUUGUACCAGAGACGUGCCGACAAGACUUGGGUGUGACUCAAGUUCACCGCCAUCUCACAAAAGGACAAGCAUGUGGUAUCGAACUGAUCUUGACUUUUAUCCUCAUCUUCACAAUCUUUGCCACAAUUGACCCAAAUCGCAAGGAACUCGGCAGCAAACCACUUGCAAUUGGCUUAACUAUAUCCAUGUGCCAUUUAGUCGGAUAUCGAUAUACAAGUUCUUCGUUAAACCCAGCACGAUCAUUAGGACCAGCUUUUGUUACAAAUCGAUGGAACAGUCAUUGGAUAUACUGGGUCGGUCCUUUUGGAGGUGGCAUUACAGCGGGCUUGCUAUACGAAUACAUUUUUGAUCCUAGUAGGAGAAGGAAACCUCCUCAAGCGCCACCAAGUGUCGACAUCGAGGAAGAUAACCUGGGCGAGUUAGCAGCGAUGACACCUAAACGAGAAACGAGCCAUUUUUAUCCUGUAAAUGGUCCUCGACGCAGCGGACAUGGAUUCGUCCCAGCAGUACCGAUCGAUUCGGGCUUGGAAAACCAAGCAUAUUCUUACGAAGGUCAUUCACGUCGUUACAUGCCUCAACGUUUCACAACAAGACGAGAACCCAGCGAGGAAAUAUUACUUAACGAUGUGGUGAAACCAACAUCAGACAAUUUCUUCAAUCGCCCAGUAUGACAUUAUUAUUACUAUUGCUAUUAAAACUAUAAUCAUAACCAUACAAAAUAAUAAGAAUAAUAAUAAAGACUUUUAUUAUUAUAAAUAUCAAACAGAAAAGAUAAUAUGAAGAACUCUGAAAAACAUUUUAAAAAAUCCUCAGAGCAAAAACUCUAAGGACUGAGAAACAUAGUGGAACAAUGAAAAUUAUCCUAACAUAAAAUAUUUGGCAUGUUCUUUCAUGAGUAAGACAUUUUAAAACUCUAACAUGCGACUUUGAU